ACACGCAUAUAUAUAUAUAUAUAUAUAUAUAUAUAUAUACACAUAUGCGUAGGUAUAUACUUUUAUAUGAAACUCGACUUCGCGGCGAUACGUGAGUAUACAUUAACAAUGUCCGUAUAUACAUGUAUUAGAAAAUAUCUUUGGUAGUUCGUCGCAUCGUUUGUUUCAGUUUUCGUGUCAAAUCAAAGAAUCUUUUCGUAUGUAUGUAUCUCCCGUUCGAAAGUAUAAGCUGUAUGUUUCUCUGAACGUACGUCACAUUCGUAGAAAUGUUAUUGUACGUCGUACGAGAAUAAUAAAAUGUUUUAUUAGGCAUGGCAAUACCAGAACCCUUUUAUUUUUCGAAAUCGUAGCGCAAAGUACUCUUGUAUAUUUCGUUUCGUUUUAAUUUUCUACAUUGUAUAUUUAGAAGAAAGUAUUUAUGUAUAUAGUAUAUAUGAAAUUAUAAAUGUAAAGCACAAUACUUUAUCCCUUAUAAACUUUCAUAGAAAUUUGCGAAAUUGUUCGCAUUAAUCGAGGAAGACAGUCUGAAAGGAAUUAAAACGUAAAGGAUCAUCUAGAUUGGUACGUAUAAUUAAAGAUAUUAUCUUACUAAAAAAAUCUCUGAAGGCUAUGCGUAAUGAUAAACGUCACGUUCGUUCAAGUAUUGAACCGGUCUGCAAUUCGUCAGAAGCAAUCCAUCGCUCGAACGGAUUUCUCUAAAUUGUGCGACCUACGGGACUAACUCGUUAUUUUCUUUUUCUCAUUUUCUAAUUACGAAGAAAGUCUCUCAUCUACCUGAUUCGAGGAAAUUGCUACUGGAAGAGGAUCGAUAAGCCAAGUGACAAUUUCGCUGCAGGGUGGCUGAGUCAGGGAACCGUGAUAGGCGUAGUAAUUCCUUCCUUCGGUAUAAUGUAGCCAUGAGAGAGGAAAAGGUGGUAUAUACACUUUGCUACCGGGUUGCGUAAUGUAUCUCAAAUUUGUUACUAUGCAAUCCAAGUAAGGAUUGUCAACAGGCAUUAUCUGAAAACGUCCGCUUUAAUUUGUUGGCUGCUUCGUUUAUUAGUUUCCUCGGUAAUGGAUAAAAAUAAUGAGAAAGGGGAAGAGAGAGACAGUGAAAGAGAGAGGGAUGAAUCCUCGUACGUUAAAGAAUGAGGACACGAUCACCACUCCGUCCUUUGCACCUAGUAAAACUGCCUGGAGAGGUGAAAAUAAGCCACGCUUGACGUGUAUGAAUUGCAAUUCCAUCGCAUAACGGACAUGGUUGAUUGUAUGCUCGCUUCCUUCGUUGUCCGAUGGGCCCCAAUGGAACAUCAUCGAAUGAAAGUUGUAUAUAUCGGUCAAAGGGCCUCCUUUGAUGAAGGGAUGUGCACGGCCACACCAAGUACCACAUACUAUAACUAUUAUAAACGCUCGUUGAAAUUUACCGCUUGUUUCGCGAUUCAUUAGGAAAUAGAAUCGGGCAUCUCUGAAGUUGUACCAGAAUUUCCAUCGUUUGCCAUGAUCAUAGAACAGGGUACUGUAUUAUGACCGACCCAUUCGAUAUUAUCGUACUCUCCGAUCGCAAUGGUCGUGGUGAUAUUGAUCGGCGAUUGAUUGUAACCAGUACUCUCUGGAUAAAAGGUUUUCCAAGUAUGAGGUCCAUUGUGAGCGGCAUAUCCGAACGAAAAGAUCGGCGAUUGGCAUUCUUCUUCGAUGACGGAGGUUCGUGAAAAGAUGUGAGACCACUUCAACAAUUCGCUGGACAGCAACGCUUUGUCGUUCACAAAGUGUAGAUGAAAUUUAUAAUCGUUCGGUAAUUGAAUAUUGAUCGCGCUCACAUACCUAAGAAUAAAACGCUACCAGAUACGAUCAUCAAUUCGGGCCACGAAAAGCCCAACAUAUUUUCAUCGAGAUAUUAACCACCCGACGAUUUUACUCGCAACUCAUGGUACGUGACAUCGAUUCCAUUUUUGAAAGAUACGUGAACGUUGUUUCAAACUGGAAUACUCGAUAGGCAAAUAUCGAUCUCCUCCAUUGUUCUCCCGUUGAACGGUCGACGUUGAGAAAAGAAUUCAAAAUCCUUAAGUACGAUGAAUUAGAAUUCUGCGAAGGAUGUCCAGUCGAUAAGAAGGCAAAAUAGAUUCUAGAAAAGUAGGAAAUAUGCAGUGCGCUGGUGACAGCUCGAAAUGGGGACAAUCUCCCGUGGAUAUAGACGACAAUCAUGUUCUUAGAGUAGAAUAUCCUCCUCUCACUAUGAGUGGCCAUUGGAAUCAGGAAGGAUACGCAAAUAUAAAGAACACUGGAUCUACCGUCGCGAUAACUCUGGAGGGUAAUAGAAAUCCAGCUAGUAUACGUGGUGGACCGCUAACAGACGACGUGUACGAAUUUUCCGAAGUUGUCUUUCGUUGGGGCUCAUCGAAUUGUAAAGGAGCCGAGCAUACUCUCAAUGGAACGUGGUUUACAAUGGAAGCUCAAAUCAUACACUUUAAUCUUCGAUACGAAGAAAUUGAAAAGUGCUGGGACAAGAGAGACGGUCUCGCGAUUUGCUCUUAUUUUCUUCAGGUCUAUCAACUUCCUGCUUGGGACGAGCAUCCAUUGUUCUCGAAGAUCACCGAUAAUUUGUAUAAAAUCACCGAACCGGAGUCCACCGCAAAAAUAUCACCUAACUGUUUGAGUUGGAUGAGGCAAGCCUGUCAAACACCAGGCUAUUAUAGCUACUCCGGUUCCAUUACCACUUGGCCCUAUUACGAGUGCGCAACUUGGAUCAUUUUCCCAGAACCCGUACGAAUCUCGGAAAAUCAAGCGCAAUGUUUCAGAAUGUUAAGAAACAAACAAGGAACGUUUAUCAAAGAGAAUUAUCGGGAGGUUCAAAAGCUCAAUUCGCGAGUAAUUUACUAUAUUUGUUGAAGCUAUGUUUCUAUUUUUAUAAAUAUUGUAUAUCAGCCCACUGUUGAUAUUUCAUUAUACUACACGCGUAUAUUUGUUUAAUAUGACUUAAUAAAACACGUCAAUGAGAAUACACGUAAAGUAUGUGUCAAUAUGUAUUCGUUAACAACUUCACAAUGAAACUACCACACGAUAUGAUUAAA